AAUUGUGUAAUUACAUUUUUUAAACAAUAUGAAUCUGAAAAAUGUGUUUCAAUUUCUCGAAUUGGUGCCUAAAGUUCAACACGAGAUCAAAGAGCAAGGCGAAAUUCAAUUUAAACACAUUAUAACUUGCCUCAAAGUUAUUUCACAUCUUUUGGAAAUAACAAGAAAGCAAAUGAGUCGGGGCCUAGAUAAGGAUAUGAAAGUUAUUUUAGAUUUUGCUCAAAUAAACCAAAAUACAGAGGAUACAGAAUAUUAUUUCCUUGAUAUAAAUAAAAUUCUUCCAAUACUUCAAUAUCGCAUUUGCAACGAGCAUGAUUUAAAUACAUGCGUGCUAAAACUUUUUAAUGAUAGUUUAACAUAUAUAAUUAAUAUGCUUCUUGAAUAUGAAAUGAUGGAUGCUUUUGAUGUUUUUUCGAAUUUGAAAGAUGCGAUUUUUGCAUUUUCUAAUGCAGUUGUACUUUUGGAAACAAAAUUAUUCAAAGAAGCUGUCAUUCAUUUUGCAAACGACUUGGUCAAAAUAUUAACGUCCUGCCACUUUUCUAUUGAUCAAACCAAUGUUAAGAUCCGUUGUAUUAUAAGCAAAAUUAUAACAGAAAUUGCAAGCCUGCCUGUCUUUGAAGACGCAGUUUUACGCCUUCUGCUAAGGAGAUUAAAGAAUAUAUUGUCUUAUUUUGAAGCAAAUGAAGAUUUCGACUGUUUAACUUGCCCAACAGUAUCUAUCCUGGAAUUUUUAUUAUACACAAGUAAAAUAAUCUUGCAGAAGUCUUCUCAUUUUGGGAUACAUUCGGAUUCCAAUUUGAUAGUACAGUUUAGAUAUACUGUCGAGAGUAUUAAUAGAGUUUUACAUACAAAAAUUCCAAAUGUACUUAAAAAUGUUUUAGAAUACAUUGAUUAAUAUC